AUGGCUUGCAGGAUGUUUGUCAUUGAUCGAACGCGCGGGGGCACCAUAGAGAUUCCCGAAGAGACAAUUGAUCUUGCAGGCACUACGGGCAACGUCUACAGGAUUACUAUCUGCCAGCUACCCAGUUGCACAUGUCCAGAUAGCAGGCAGGGCAAUCAGUGUAAGCACAUUGUAUAUGUUUUGCACAACGUCCUCAGAGCCCCUGAACAUCUACAAUACCAACUCGCCUUUCUCUCCUCUGAAUUGCGUGAGAUAUUCGCCGCUGCACCCGCAACCGCGUCGACGUCUGCCUCUUCCGAUGCACCUUCCAAUCGUAAAGAAGUCUCCGGUGAUUGCCCAAUUUGCUUCACCGAACUUGAGGCGGAAACAGAGGACUCCAUUGUCUGGUGCCGUGCUGCAUGCGGAAAUAACUUGCACAAGGACUGCUUUGAGCAGUGGGCAAGGAGCCAAGCUGGGAAAGAGAUUCGAUGUGUGUAUUGCCGUACACCAUGGAAGAGAGACGAGGAAUCGCUCGAGCGAGUUAAGAACGCCGGAGAAGUCAACGGCGAGGGAUACGUAAAUGUAGCUGGAGAGUUGGGCUUAUCAGGAGCACGAGAUUAUUCGACCUAUCACCAGCACUGGGUACGACGUCGUGGACUAGGCUACUUCUGA